GUAAACAAGAUGUGACACGGCAGCAGCUGGGGCCCAGGAUGCAGCAGUGACAGCCAGCAGAAAAAGAUUGAAGAAUCCUCGCACUCAGAAAAAAACAGCCUGUCAAUGAUGAUAACUUACAUCAGCUGGUUAAGCCCCCUGCUGUACCUUGGACACAAUCGGAGGCUGGAGGAAAGUGACCUGUACAGUGUUCUUCCAGAGGAUGGGUCUGAAAUACUGGGAGAGGAGCUGCAGAGAUUUUGGGACCGUGAAGUUAGAAAGGCCUCAAAGGAACUUCGGGAGCCAAAUCUCACCAAAGUCCUCAUUCAGUGCCACGGGAAGUCCUUUGCAGUGGCUGGGUUGUUUGUAUUUUCACUGGAGGCCAUUAAAACGAUCCAGCCACUUCUCAUGGGGGAAAUCAUCACGUACUUUGAGAAUUACGACCCAGAAGACGAGAGAAGUCUUCGCACGGCGUACGCUUACGCCGCUGCAAUGUCCCUCACCACUUUUGGACUGACUUUCUUUAGCCAUCUUUACUACUACCAUGUCCAAAGAAUAGGCAUGAAGAUUAGAAUUGCCAUGUGUCACAUGAUAUACAGAAAGGCUCUUUGUCUCAGCAGCGAAUCCAUAGGAAGAACCACCACCGGACAAAUUGUGAACCUCCUUUCAAAUGAUGUCAACCGUUUUGAUGAGAUUACACUCAAUCUGCACUACCUGUGGGUGGCACCUCUGCAAACCGUGGCGAUAAUCGGUUUCCUUUGGAAUGGGAUCGGAGUGUCGUGUCUGGCAGGUGUGGCUGUGAUUGUCCUCAUGAUGCCUGUGCAGGCCUGGUUUGGAAAGCUCUUUGGAAAGUUCAGGGGUAAAACAGCAAUCCUUACCGACAACAGAAUCCGCAUUAUGAACGAAGUGGUGUCCGGCAUCAGGAUCAUCAAAAUGUACGCCUGGGAAAAACCAUUCUCAGCUUUGGUUACCGAAGUCAGAAGGGAAGAAAUCAUUCAGAUUAUGCGUAGCUCCUACCUACGAGGACUCAACAUGGCCUCCUUCUUUGCCAGCAGUAAGAUCAUAGUCUUUGUUACCUUCACCCUCUACGCUCUCCUGGGCAACACCAUCACCGCCAGCGUUGUGUUUGUCACCGUGUCUCUCUACGGCACCAUCAAGCUCACACUCACCCUGUUCUUUCCCCUGGCCGUGGAGAAGUUGUCUGAGACUUUGGUCAGCAUUUGCAGGAUUAAGAGUUUCCUCCUGCUGGAAGAGGUUGACAGAAAAAACUUUGCUUUUGCUUUGGAGAAAAAGAAGGAAACCAAUAUUGAGAUUGAGAAGCUGAGCUGCUACUGGGAUAAGAGUUUGGAUGCUCCAUCUCUGCAGAACGUCUCCGUCAACGCGCAGUCAAACCAACUACUGGCUGUUAUCGGACAAGUCGGGUCAGGAAAGUCGUCCCUGCUGAGCGCUAUCCUGGGAGAGCUGCCUCACGACACCGGAACGCUAAGGGUCAGAGGGCAGCUCGCCUACGCGUCCCAGCAGCCCUGGGUGUUCCCCGGAACCAUCCGCAGUAACAUCCUGUUCGGGAGAGAGCUGAACCUCCAGAGGUACGAGAGAGUCAUCGCAGCCUGCGCUCUGAAGAAGGACUUGGAGCUGCUCCCAGACGGAGACCAGACACCGAUCGGGGACAAAGGAGCCACGCUUAGCGGCGGACAGAAAACUCGAAUCAGCCUGGCACGGGCUGUGUAUCAGGAAGCAGACAUCUACCUCUUGGAUGAUCCUUUAAGUGCUGUUGAUGCUGAGGUUGGGAAAUACCUUUUUGAACAGUGCAUCUGCGGUCUGCUGAAGAACAAGUGUCGUAUCCUGGUUACCCACCAGAUGCAACAUCUAAGGGGGGCCGACCAGAUCCUCGUCCUCAGGGAGGGUCAUAUCAUGGCCCAGGGCACCUACAAUGAGCUGCAGCGUUCCGGCCUAGACAUCGCGUCCAUGCUGAGAAGCGAGGAGGAGCCGGAGCAGCGGUCUCCAUCGGCCGAGCCAGACAAGCUGUCGUUACACAGCCAGAGGACCAAUCGCUCACACUGUUCUCACAGCAGCCUCCUCCCGCCUGAGAGCAACUGCAAGCUUCCUGUCGAAGCAGUUCGUUCCAUGUCAGAGGAGACUCGAGUCGUAGGAAACGUCAGCCGCCACAUUUACCUCAAGUACUUCACUGCAGGCGGUCAUGUUCUGCUCUUGUUGGCUAUAGUCCUGCUCAGUGUCAUAGCUGAGGUUGCAUAUAUUGGGCAGGACUGGUGGCUGGUAUACUGGGCCAGAGGAGGACAUGAGUUUUUCAACAGCACAACCAGUGAUGUCACUGUAAAAAAUAACGCUCACAACGUGACUCUCAUAGAUCGAGAGUCGAGUCUCACAUUUUACCUGGGCAUUUAUUCAGGUUUUACAGCAGCUGCAGUCAUCUUCGGCUACGCCAGGAGUUUAGUCAUCUUUCAUCGGUUGGUGCGCUCGGCACAGAGACUCCACAACAGCAUGUUUGGCGCCAUUCUUCGCACGCCCGUUCACUUCUUUGACGUCAACCCCAUCGGAAGAAUUCUUAACAGGUUCUCCAAAGACAUCGGCCUGAUGGACUCCAUGUUACCACUCACCUUUGUGGACUUUUAUCAAUUAUUUUUACAGAAUGUCGGCGUGGUUGCAGUGGCCGCCUCAGUCAUUCCUCACAUACUCAUCGCUGUCAUUCCUCUGCUCUUUAUCUUCCUGUACCUGCGGCGUUUCUACCUCAACACUUCACGAGACAUCAAACGUCUGGAGUCCAUAUCUAGGAGUCCAGUCUUCUCCCAUCUGUCUUCGUCUCUUCAGGGUCUGUGGACGAUCAGAGCCUUCAGAGCCGAGGAAAGACUGAAGAAAGCCUUCGAUGCAUAUCAGGACACACAUUCAGAGGCGUGGUUUCUGUUCCUGAUGACCUCCCGCUGGUUUGCACUGCGCCUGGACAGCAUUUGCUCCAUAUUUCUCACCACUGCAACAUUUGGCUGCCUCUUACUCAGAGACGGGCUGGAGGCUGGAGAGGUGGGGCUGAUGCUGACCUAUGCUGUCACACUGGUAGGAAACUUCCAGUGGACGGUGAGGCAGAGCGCCGAGUUGGAGAACAUGAUGACAUCAGUGGAGAGAGUAGUGGAGUACACAGAGCUAAAGAGCGAAGCCCCCUGGGAAACCGAGAAGCGUCCUCCUCCCGAUUGGCCGAACCGAGGCCUGUUGACCUUCGACCGCGUAAACCUGUCCUAUGGCCCCGACGGACCGCUGGUCCUCAAAGACAUCAGCGCCACCUUCCGACCCAGCGAGAAGGUCGGCAUUGUGGGGAGGACGGGAGCGGGGAAGAGCUCCCUGGUGUCGGCUCUGUUCCGUCUGGCCGAGCCACAGGGAAAGAUCUACAUCGACGGCGUUCUCACCUCUGAGAUCGGCCUCCACGACCUGCGCCGGAAGAUGUCCAUCAUUCCUCAGGACCCCGUGCUGUUUACCGACACCGUGAGAAAGAACCUGGACCCUUUCGACCAACACACCGACGAAGCCCUGUGGAUAGCGCUGGACGAGGUGCAGCUGAAGUGCGUGGUGGAGGAGCUGCCCGGGAAGCUGGAGACGGUUCUGGCCGAGUCGGGCUCCAACUUCAGCGUGGGCCAGAGGCAGCUGGUGUGUCUGGCCAGGGCCGUCCUGAGGAAGAACCGUAUCCUCGUCGUCGACGAAGCCACGGCCAACGUGGACCCCAGAACAGAUGAGCUGAUCCAGAAAACCAUACGAGAUAAGUUCAGAGAAUGCACCGUGCUGACAAUCGCUCAUCGACUCAAUACCAUCAUAGACAGCGACCGCAUACUGGUACUGGACAGCGGAGGCAUCCAGGAGUUGGACCGUCCCUUCACUCUGCUGCAAACGGAAGGGGCUUUCUACAAGAUGGUGCAACAGACCGGCCCGACGGAGGCGGCGGCCCUGCUGGAGUCGGCAAGAAAGGCGACGUGCGAUACGCACGACUAACGUCUGAAAAGUGGAUCGGGAGUAAGUGUCAUUUCUGUUUUAAGACUUGGAAGAUGCAAAUCUGUGACAAAAGCUACUUAAGUUAUGGAAACAGUGAAAAACGUCAAUCGGCAUCAUUUUUGUACGAUUCUUUUAUUCUUGUCAGAAAUGUUGAAUUGCAUAAGAUAACAAGCCAUCACGGCAUACAGUAUUUGAAAAAAACCAAAUGUACAAGUGGAAAGAAUGGGUUUAACAUGUAGAUUUGAACAAUGAAUUGCAUGUAACUCAACACAGUCCACCUCUGUUCAAAUAAAGUCAAUAUAACAGGAAUAUGUAUAAUGUGAUUAUCAUUCAUCUUAUGCAAUAAGACGUAUCUGAACAAAGGCAACUUUGGAUAGUGUUCUGUUGUAAUGUGUGGACAAAAGGAAGGAAGGAAGGAAGGAAGGAAGGACCAUAUUAGGGUAUUAGGGUCACUGGGUGUGGGCGUGGUCAAUCAAUCAGUGGUGAUAGCGUACAGCUGUGGAGAGUCGUCCCUACAUAAGGCGUUUUCAGAGUGAAAGCACAGGGUGCUUUCACUCGGCGGAAGUUUGGAACAAACCAGAAAGCGGCAUUGCGUAAAGGCACGUCGACCGAACGACAUCUUCCUUUUCACUCUGCUCCCUGAGGCAAGCCAGCAAGCAAGGAAGGACACCGAACGAGGCUAACCUAUUGUCCAUGUGGCAUCUCUCACUCUUGGCGCUUGGGUACAACCUGAUCGUAAGUUCCCCUCAAAUUGUUUUUUACAACAAAUGGCUCAUUUCAAUCCCACCAGCUUUUAAAUGAAUGUUUUGCUUUUCUAACAUUGUAAAUCUCACUCGGUCACUUUUUGCAAAGACAAAAGUCUUGCGCCUUGAUGCACCCAAUCCUAGAUUACAGCCUCACCUGUGCUCAAUCAUUCAAUUAGUGGUGUAUUAGCAAGACAACAGGUCAAUACUUGUACCGCUUUUGGGAUGUCACAAGUGUUAGCAAACCACAUCUUAGUUGGACACGCCAGGUCACCUUCACCUGGCACACACAAAAUGCCAAACCACUAGUAUAAAUAGCCUGGCGUCAAUAGUUUUCCUUGUUGUAUGCCGUGUUCAUUGCAUCUUCAUUAAAGAUCCCAGUUGGCUGUUCCGCUUCUUCUGUUCUCGGUCUCUUACUUUAAAAGUUACUAAAGUUAACUUAUCCAGGAAUUAUCUUACAGUGUGUGUGUGUGU